UUUCCCCUACCUCCCUCCCAGCCUCUCUCCCAAGUCCCAACCCAACCCAACCCUAGCCGCCCCAAUCUUCUUCUUCUUCUUCUUCCUCUCCCUCUUCUCUCCAUGAUUGAAAAACAAAACACAGCCAAGCAACGGAUGGAUGGAUGGAUGGAUGGAGGCCUCUCCUUGCUUUUGCCUUUCUUCAUCACAACAAGGCAAAAGCAGGAUUCAUGGAUGGAUGGAUGGAGGCCUCUCUUCUCUUCAAGACAGGAAGGCAGAAGCAGGAUUGAUGGAUGGAUGUACCAAGAAGGUCAAAGACAUCUUUCUCAACUAGAUGGUGGUACCUACAUGAGUUGUUUGUAAUUGCAUGAAAGAUGAAAUCCAUCCAUUGGUACUCACCCAUGGAUGGAUUUUGCAGAUCCGGCCACCUCCUCUUUGGAUCUACAGUUUUCGGAGCAAAAGUCGUUGGAUCUGCAAGUUUUUUGGUGCGGUGUUCUACUCACCAUGCCCGUCAGGAUCCGCCAAGGUCUCCUCCUCCUGGUAGCCAUGCCGAGACGAACUCAGUUUCCUCUUUCUUUCUUUCUUUCUUUCCAAGAGGAAGAGGAAGGAAACUGGCCAUAGCCCAGCACAAUUUCACCCGCCGACCAAGGCCCAGUACAAUCUCGCCCGCCGACCAAGGCCCAGCACAAUCUCGCCCGCCGAAGGCCCAGCACCAUUUCGCCCGCGGACCAAGGCCCAGCACCAUUUCGCGCGCACUAAGGCCCAGGCGUCCCCCACCGACCAAGGGAUGGCCGGGCACGACUACCCAGUUCCACGGCGCCGCCCACCCGACCCGACUCAUUUCGCUACUUCCCCUCCCCGACCCCUCCACCAUCCCCAUCCCCAUCCCCAUCCAGAACCCUAGCUCCGCCUCCUCCACCGCCGCACCUCCUACCGCUGCCGCCGCGACACCGCCGGCCGGACUCCGAUGGCCAGCAGGAGGGGAGGCCAUGGAGAUGAGGGAGAGCCGGCGGACCAGGGAGGACAGGCAGACCCCCAUGGCUACCAGGAGGACACCUUCGCGGAUCGUGAGGAUUGGGACAGGUAUCGCGCGGAUGAGGAUGUUCUGCCAGGAAACGCGCCGUUGAACUCUUUCCUCGCGAGGAUCGCACGAGGGUUGGCCGCCAAAUCGCGCCAAGGAAGGCAGAUUGGACAGAACGUAUUGAACUUCUUCAAAGCUGUGGACAAGGACUGCACCAACAUCUCAAGAGAAGAAUUUCUUGAUUUCAAGACUUCCCUCGAGCACAGCUUGAAAGAAGUCAAGGCUGCUGUUGAGAAAUCUGCCAAAGAACAGAAAAUGUUUAUCGAGGCCAGCACUACAGCAAACUCUGAGUUGAUGCAAAGGGCCCUGCACCGCCUAGAGGUACUCUCGCAAGAUAUCAAGGCUGUUGUUGAUGCUGGCGUCAAGUCCCAGGAAGCAAGCACUGAUACUGCCGAGAAAAUUUUCAACCUCAUGAAUGAGAUGGCGGCCACACUAAAAGAGGCCCCCCCUCAAAGGCCGGUGAUCUUCUUGGCAGGCUGGAGAAGCUUGCUUUCUGGCCAAAGAAGGUUAACAACAUGACUUGCUGAUCAAAAACAUGGACUUCUUGAACCAGGAGUGGAGGAGGCUCUUAUUGAGAGGUUCUUUCCCAACAAUAACCCUGGCUUGUUUGAAGAGAUCGGGCGUCGGACAAGGGAGGUUAUGUUCAAGGAUUUCGAGCCUGUGAUAAGCGUACUGGUUGAGCCCCAGCGUGCUGAUGGACCCCUCUUGUCCUCGUUCAUGAAGAGGUCUCCGAUGCAGAUAAUUGUUGGGCAUCAGCUGAAGCUUCGCCAAGGAGCAAUUGGUCUCGACGUGAAAGUAGACUCUGCGAAACAUGUGAGCUCGCUUUUCUCCUUCCCUGGUGUGUUUGGUGCCGAUUAUGAUCCAAAAGUCCGAUUGUGCUAUCCAUUCCACGACUCUUCUAUCACCCUUGACGCCUUCUAUGAGAACGCUGCUGUGCGAGCCAAUCUCAGCAUGCAUCCUAUCCAUGGAGACGCCUUGCUAUCCUUGUCCGGUCUUUUUGGAACCAAAGCCUUUAACCUAGGCGGGCGAAUGGAGGUUGACGCUGGGAAUGUUCUCCGCAACAGCUAUGCAGUUGGAGGGUCCAUUAGCAGCAGUGCCUUCACCGCCGGACUGCAGUAUAAUAACCGCGACCAGCUGUUGCUGAUGGUGUCCCACAAGCUUCAGGAGAAAUCGCAUGUCAAGGAGCUGAUGCACCGCUCAUCCAUUGGCAAGGACCUCUACGCCCUCUUUUGUCCCCCCGCGUCCUCUCAGACGACGAUCGCGGCCCAGCUGAUCUACUGCAGCACAGCCCAGAGCACUGUUGGUGCAGUUGGAAUCGAGUUUGCGGACCCUGACUCUGUCCUGAAGCUCCGUCUCGCAAGCUCAGGUGUGAUAUCUACCUCGUGGAAGAACAGAUUUGGACUGGCCACUGUGGGGUUAAAGGCCCAGUUUGAUGUCACUGACCUGGGUGCCCGUCCCCGGGUUGGCUUCUCAGUGUCUGUCAGUCCCCGGUUCUGAGUGUUGUUUGGUAUGGACGAAUGAACCCCUGGGUCCUGAGUGUGAGUAGGUUGGUUCUCGGGAAGAAGUUUUGUCUCUGUUGCUUAGAUUUUGGUCGCUUGGCUUGUGCAUGGUGCUGGAUGGAACGGGAUUAUUAGAUGUAACAGAAGAAUUUUGUCUGGGUCCUUAGUUGGUUGGCACCCUGGGAAGAUGUUUUGGUCAUUGUGGCUUGGUCGCUUGGGUUAAACUGAAGAAUAUCGUGUUUUGGUUGGACUAAAAGCAAAGCCUUGGUAUAUUUUAAAUUUUA